CAAUGAGAGUUAUGGAAUAACGAUGGGGGCCAAUAUCUCCAACCUAACCGACAAUAUUGACAUGAUCAUUGAAAAGAACGAUAAUCUGACCGGUAAUGUGUCCUGCGUUUCUUGGGAUGGAAAAGGAGAACUUAUUUGGACGACGUCCGGCUGUGAGACAGAAAUCGACAACACCACCAUAAAGUGCUCCUGCUCACAUCUGACAUUUUUUGCAGUGCUGAUGUCUCGGCCAGCUAUAAACGGCACAGUGCAGGAUCUGGAAUUAUUGACUUUAAUCUCUUCUAUCGGCUGCGGCAUCUCCAUGUUUUUUAUGGCCAUCGCUUUAUUCAUGCAUUACCUGCUACGGAAAGCCAAAUCAAAUCAGGCCACGAAGAUCCUGAUGAACAUGUUUGUGGCUUUGUCUCUACUGAAUGCAUCGUUUUUGUCAAACGAGAGCAUCGCUAACACAGGAGACAACGCUGCGUGUGUCUUCAUAGCGCUGCUCCUGCAUUACUCCAUGCUGGCCUCAUUCACCUGGUUCUUCAUUCAAGCUCUUCACAUGUACUUAUGGCUCAUCAGACAGAACGUCACCAUCUCAAACUACAUGAGGAAGAUCACCGUGUUGGCCUGGGUGUUUCCUGCUCCAAUAGUCAUAGCUAUUGCUUCUGUAGGAGAAUAUAAAACAGUGGUCAUAAAAUCAACAUCUGAAAAAAUUUCACGAAUGUGCUGGAUUACAAACUCUUACAUUCACAACACGGUGAACAUUGGCUACUAUGCUUUAGUUUUCAUCUUCACGACAGGAAUCUUCAUCAUGAUCGUCACUAAAGUCGUUCAGGCCAGAAACAUAAAAGCUGUCGAUGGCAAGAGAAAGACAAUCAAAAAGCAGCUAAUGAUGGUGUUGAGUUUGUUCCUGCUCUUCGGUCUGACGUGGUCUGUGGCGUUCUUCAGUAAUGGACCGAUGCUCGUUCCCUCAUAUUACAUAUUCAGUGUGCUGAACUCAUUUCAGGGGUUUUUCCUCUUCCUGUAUUACUACCACAUUCACAAUGAUGUUGCGGGUAGUUUCUCUGAUGAUCCAGAAAAUACAGACUCCAACACAGCCAUCACUCAAUCCAGGAUUAAUGCUGUAGAAAAUAUUUAUAACUAGCAUAAUUAAGACAGAACGCUUUCUUUGUCUCAGACUGAUUUGUACAGUAAUUGUUUAAGGGCAAACUGUGCAUUCUCACCAAAAUCAAGCUCAAAAACAACACAAAGACAAAUGUCACAACUCAAAGAGAAAGACAGUUUUAAUAUAGGG